UUUUUCUCAUGUAUAGCGGUUAAUAAGAUAUUUUGUUCCAAACACAGGUAUAAGAGUUGACUCAAGUGAAGAGUCUCGGCGAGCUGUACCCUGUACAGCCGGUUGCCUGUACUUGGCGCGAGACUCGACCGAGUCUCUUGAUAACAAGCAAUUAUAAUAGUUUCAGAGAAAACAGCUCAUAAGAGUCUUACACUCUGUAUAAAUCUUAAAAUGUCAUUAAAGUAUCAAAUAUUUAAUAAGAUUUGCUCAAAGGAUAACAUAGCUUCUGUUCAACAGGUGAUCAACUUUUUUUCCCACAAAUUAGAACAGCGUGAUCAAUCUCAGAUAGGCGUGAGCCAGGUUCUUGCAACAAUUCAACAAGGUGCAACUCAAUGGCCCUAUGAUAGAUUAAGAGUGGUUCCCAAAAAGUUUUAAGAAUAAAUUGUGAUGCUCUUCUAUUAGAAUUUCAAGUAAGUCACACGUAUCGUUUAAACAUAACUGUUGCAAAACAAGCGAUAAUA